GCAUCUGUGCACCCUGAUCCUGCUGCACCCCAGACCAGGAGAGACCUGCACUUGACAGCAUCUGAGCACCCUCAUCCUUCUUCACCCCAAACCAGCAGGUACCUGCACCCUGCAGCAUCCCUGUACCUGUUGCAGCCGCACCGUGGUGGGAUGGAUAACGCUCUGCCUCUGGAAGAGGAGCUGAAGCACUUAGAGCUGCUCAAUGCCUCCCUGAACGAGUCCUUUGUGAACCAGUUCGUGCAGCCCCCAUGGCAAGUGGCCCUGUGGGCUGUUGCCUACGCCCUCAUCGUGGUGGUGUCGGUGGUGGGGAACGUGGUGGUGAUGUGGAUCAUCCUGGCUCACAAGAGGAUGCGCACCGUCACCAACUAUUUCUUGGUGAACCUGGCUUUCGCCGAAGCCUCCAUGUCUGCCUUCAACACGGUGGUGAACUUCACCUACGCCAUCCACAACGAGUGGUACUAUGGGCUGCUCUACUGCAAGUUCCACAACUUCUUCCCCAUCGCUGCUGUCUUUGCCAGCAUCUACUCCAUGACGGCCAUCGCCCUGGAUAGGUACAUGGCCAUCAUCCACCCGCUGCAACCCCGGCUCUCGGCCACCGCCACCAAGGUGGUCAUUGGCAUCAUCUGGCUCCUGGCUUUCCUGCUGGCCUUCCCCCAGGGUUACUACUCGGUGAUGGAGGAGCUGCCGGGGCGGCUGGUGUGCCUGGUGGAGUGGCCAGAGCACAGCACCAACCUCUAUGGGAAAACGUACCACUUCUGCAUGACCAUCCUGAUCUACUUCUUGCCACUUCUGGUGAUAGGAUGUGCCUACACCGUGGUCGGUAUCACCCUCUGGGCGAGCGAGAUACCCGGUGACUCCUCUGACCGCUACCACGAGCAGGUCUCAGCCAAGCGGAAGGUAGUGAAGAUGAUGAUCAUCGUGGUAUGCACGUUCGCGCUGUGCUGGCUGCCCUACCACAUCUACUUCACCCUGCAGUAUUUCAACCCUGAGUGGUACCUGCAGAAGUUCAUCCAGCAGGUCUACCUGGCUAUCAUGUGGCUGGCCAUGAGCUCCACCAUGUACAACCCCAUCAUCUACUGCUGCCUCAAUGAUAGGUUUCGUGUGGGGUUCAAGCACGCGUUCCGGUGGUGCCCCUUCGUCAGCGCCGGUGAGUACGAGGGCCUGGAGAUGAAGUCAGCCCGGUUCCUGCAGACACAGAGCAGCAUGUACAAGGUGAGCCGCAUCGAGACCACCGUGUCCUCGGCGGUUGGAGCGGCCGAAGAGGAGCUGGAGGAGAGCAGCAAAGCCAAGCGCCUCUCCAUAGACAUGACCUCCAACGGCUCCUCCCGCAGCGACUCCAAAACAGUCUCUGAAAGCUUCAGCUUCUACUCCAACACGCUCACCUAAGCAGCUCCCCAGCUCCAUCAGCCACUCGUAAGGAUGCUCCAGUGCUCAACCCACCCAGAGUCAUCGCCCAGUUUGUGAUGUGCUGGCUUUUCUCUGUGCUGUUUUACUGUCUCUUGCCAUGGCUGUCGCUUGCCAUCCUUGGGAGAGCCCAAGAGCAUUGAAUUAGCUUCAUGUUCUCCACUGUGGUUCGUGUUCCAACACAAGGGAGCUUAGGCUGGCCUCUGCCUUGCUUGCUGUCUGUCCAGCCACCACAGGAUGCAGAACUGCGACAGAGCUGGGUUUUCCUCCUAAACCAUAAGUACAACACUGGCAGGUCUUUCCCUGCUCGCUGCAAGGCAAUAGGGAUCUCCCCAGGCAUCCCACCCACAGGAAAAUGAACCAGGCUUGCACUUUCCUCCUCCCACCUUUAAUUUCAUCUUCCCUGUUGAAUAUCCAGAGGGGUAUUCAAUUAAAUCCACCCCAAAAUGCUGUUUGCAGCUGCAGGAGCCUGCACAUCCACAGGACACCACUGCCCACUCGGUGCUUCAACUCAGAUCCAGGCACUUCUGCACAGUCUCAGCUCAUCUCCAGCAUCCGCAUCCCUCUGCAUGAUGCUCUUCUGUUGCUACUCCACACACAGAGCUCAUCAAAACAAGGCUCUCAAGAAGGAUUUCUGACCUGAGCCAGACUUUGUUUGCCAUUAAUCAACCCUAUGUGCCAAAUGCAAUCACUGUGAUGUCCUAAAAGGCCCAAGGCGAUGGCUCUCGGAUGGAUUUUGAAAGUCUGUGGGGUUCUGAAGAAGAAAAGAGUGACCAUAUCAAAAUGCUUUUCACCAUCUGGAAACAUCUAGAGCCGCAUAGAAAGGGAUGUGGAAGGACUCCAUCAGAAUCAAACAGCUUUUGCCGGUGAACAGGGCUUGGAGACAAGGAUUCUGCAGUUUUUCACUCAG